CACUACUGCUAAUUUUAUCCCAUAUGCUACAAUUACUUUUCUUUCUAGUUAACCUUUAGUCCAUAUUAUACCUUAUAUUUCUCUUUCUCUCUCUCCCUCUCUCUCUCUCUCUCUCUCUAUAUAUAUAUAUAUAUACAUAUCUUCCUCCAAGCCGGCCUCUACUGCCUAGUAAUUCAUCCUCCAUGGAGUCCAAGAACAUUAUCAUUAUCCUUUUCCACAUAAUCCUUUCUCUGAAACUGCAACAUUUCAGAGCACAAUCAUGGAUUCAAGCUGGAUACUGGUACUAUGGCACUGAAUUCCCCAUUUCCAACAUAAACUCUGCACUUUUUACUCACCUUAUUUGUGCUUUUGCUGAUGUUAAUUCUUCCUCCUAUGAGCUUUCCAUCCCUUCUUCUCAUGAACAACAAUUUUCCUCCUUCACAAACACUCUCAAACAAAGCAACCCAUCAAUCUCCACCCUUCUUUCUAUUGGAGGUGAAAAGGCAGACUACUCAGUCAUCUCAACAUUAGUGAGUAGCUCAUCUUACAGAAAGUCUUUCAUUGAUUCUUCGAUAAAAGUUGCGAGGCUAUAUGCUUUCCAAGGUCUUGACUUGGCUUGGAGCUCAGCAAACACUACCUCAGACAUGGAAAACAUGGGGAAACUAUUUGAAGAAUGGAGAGCUGCUGUGAAUUCCGAGGUUAGAAACUCCGGCCUAUCUCAACUUAUCUUAACUGCUAAUGUUAAAUCCUCACCGGAUGCUGGCGGUGGUCCUUCUUUGCCUGUGGACUCAAUUUUUGCAAAUCUGGAUUGGGUACACGUUAUGGCUAUUGAAUACCAUAAUCCAGAUUGGAAAUGGGAAAAAUUUACUGCUCCUCAAGCUGCUUUAUAUGAUCCAUCAACCCAAUAUAGUGUAGACUAUAGUAUCAAACAAUGGAUUGCUACAGGAUCAGAUCCCAAAAAAUUGGUUCUGGGACUACCUUACUAUGGCCAUGCGUGGACACUUACUAAUCCUACGGAAAACAGCAUUGGUUCACCGGCAAUAGGUCCGGCUAAUAUUUCUACAUACCGAGGAGGUAGCCCAAGCUAUAAAGACAUUAAGGAUUAUGUUGAAAGGAAUAAUGCUCAAGUGAUAUACAAUGCAACUUAUGUGAUGAAGCACUUCAGUGUUGGAUCAAUUUGGGUCAAUUUUGAUGACGCCGAUAUCGUAACAGCUAAGGUUUCUUACGCCAAGGAGAAGAAGUUACUUGGCUAUGUUGCCUGGGAGGUUUCUCAUGACGAUGAUAAUUGGAUGCUUUCUCAUGCAGCUAAGGAAAGUGUUAGCAGCGGGGGAAAGCCAAAAAGGCGAAUAAUAAUAAUCGUCUCGACAACAACAGCUUCAGCUACUUUAAUCUUAGUCUAUUUGUUUUGUUACUUCUGGAGAAGAAAGCUCAAGUCGAAAGCCAAAGUAUCAAAAUUUAAUGAAAACAAGAGGGCAGCAGCUGGAGAUUUUAAUAACAAUGCUCCAAAUUUGCAAGUUUUUACCCUUGCUGACAUUGAAGCAGCUACAGAAAGAUUUUCUAUUGAAAACAAGCUUGGACAAGGCGGUUAUGGUCCCGUUUACAAGGGUAUAUUGCCAAAUGGACAGGAAAUAGCUGUGAAAAAGCUAUCAGCAGCUUCUACACAAGGUUUUGAGGAGUUCAAGAAUGAGGUUUCACUUACUGCAAAACUACAACAUGUGAAUCUUGUCAAGGUCUUGGGAUUUUGCAUCGAACAAGAUGAACAAAUGCUGAUAUAUGAGUAUAUGCCGAAUAUGAGCUUGGACAUGUACCUUUUUGACCCAAUUAGAAAGUAUAUUUUGGACUGGGGUAAAAGAGUUCACAUCAUCGAAGGGAUUACUCAAGGGCUUCUUUAUCUCCAAGAAUACUCGAGAUUGACAAUAAUACAUCGAGACUUAAAAGCUAGCAACAUAUUACUUGAUGAUGACAUGAAGCCUAAGAUAUCAGAUUUUGGUAUGGCCAAAAUUUUCACAAAAGAUGGAGAUGAAGCAAAUACAGAAAGGAUAGUUGGAACAUAUGGAUACAUUCCUCCAGAAUAUGUGAGGCAAGGUCUGUAUUCAACCAAAUCCGAUGUUUACAGCUUUGGAGUUCUCCUUCUACAGAUAAUAAGUGGCAAGAGGACUUCCGCAGCUUAUGGUGUAAAUGAAGAUCUAAGCAUCCUAGAAUAUGCAUAUGAACUGUGGAAAGAAGGUAAGGAAAUGGAGUUUAUGGACCCUUCACUGGAUGACACACAUUCAUCAUGCAAACUAAUAAGAUGCAUGAAAAUAGCACUCUUGUGUGUCCAGGAAAAUGCAAAUGACAGGCCAUCCAUGUUGCAAGUGUUUUCGAUGCUGAAAAGUGAAAAUACCGAUGUCAUAAAUCCCAAAAAGCCUGCUUUUUUCUCUAGAAAAAAUGAAGAUGAAGGAAGAAAAGGCGAUAGUAGUUCUGUUACUAGUGGAAGUAAAACCGAAAUAAGUCCGCAUACUUGUUCAGUUAAUAGCGUAUCCAUUUCACAGAUGGUAGGUCGAUAAUCUUUGGGUACUUUUAUGUGUUUUGAGGGCUGAAACUCAUGGUAUACUUGGACAGCUUCCAUUGGAUAUUGCUUCCAAUGGAUGAUCGUCCAUUGCUGGGGCCUUAUUACUGAAAGGGAGAAGAGAAGCAUUAUUCGUUGAUUUACUACAGCUAAGAUAAAUGGUACUAAUAAAAUGUAUUCUUAGAACUUUAAGAGUUAAGGGAAAUUGUUUUAGUUAUAAUUGUGAUAAUUGCACCCUCUAAGAGGAAGUCUGUAUUCCUAGAAAUUUGAAUAUCAACUUCUUGAUUUUGGUUUA